UCAUGCAACUAAAUUGAAAUAUUAUAUUUGGAUAAACCAAAACUAUCAUUUUCAUAAAUCUGAAUUGGCAAUGGAUUUAAAUUUGGCAAAAAAAAAAAAAGUAAGGCAGUGGUUAGCAACCAGGGUGCCGCGGCACAUUAGUGUGCCGCAGAAAGAUUUUGGUGUGCCGCGAAGAAAUUUCAUUUUUGAAUUUAUUUCAAGUGAUUCCAAUUGCCAAUCACUUGUAUUCCACAAGAAUUAUCCCAUGGCUCUUGCUAACAAACAGAAACGAAAAAUUUAGUAGGAGUCGUAUUUCAGGUAUUUGGGUAUUGUUUUAAUUCUAAGUUUUGCAUAAUGCGCGCCAACACCUUUUCGUAAAAUUGAAAAUGUCAAAAAAGGUAACAAAUUACUCUGCGAAAUUUUGUUCCAAAUUCGACCAAGAAAUUAUUAUUUGACUAUUAUUUAAACUCAAAAUAAUAUUCAGGAUUCGCGCAAUGACUUUGCAGGAUUUUUAUUCACUAUUUAAUACGAAAAUAAAACAGAUACAAUAGGAGAGUAAAAUCAUAAGAAGGUCAACUAUCAUCUUUAUAAAUAUCCGCAUCCCUGCGUCAGAAAUCAUAAUAUUGUUAGCUUAAAAUUGGUACAGUUAAUUUACAAUCGGUGGGGAGGAAGAUCAAACCCGGCGUAAAAAAAAAUCAGAAUAAAAUCCUGAAUUCACUCUUUAAUAGUCGUCUUUAAAAUAUGUCGCCCAUAUAAAUGUAUAGUUCUCCCAGGAAUAUAAAACCAACUGUUGAGCAAGAAGUAGUUCUUGUAAAAAGAGAGAACGGGCGGAAAUAGCUCAUCAACAUUAGAAUGCCUAGCAUGUGUAUAAAAAAUACCCAGAAAAAAUACUUGGAAUAUCAAAAUUGGACUAAUGAUGUACCGUAGAUAUGUAUAUUGGUUGAUUUUUUAUGCAAAUGUUAAUUUUCUGGGAAUGGGAUCUAAUCUAAUCGAAUUUGGAUGGAAAAUAAUCAAAAUUUAAUUUGAUCAAUUGGCGUAAAAAAUAAAUUAUUAUAACAAAAACAUGCCUGUAUCGCACAUGGUUGCCAUAUUGUCAUUUUUUCUGCCAAAUUUAGCAAUUUUGUUAUUUUAAAGUACGUUUAGACAUUUGGCGUCGGGAUUUCCGUUUGAUAUUUUGGCAUUUGUUGUAAACUUAGUUUUGCAUAUUACAGUGUUAUUUGUCGGGUCUUAGUUGUGUAUUUGAAAAUAUUCGAAAAUUAAAUAACUUAAUUGUCAUUAUGCCUUCGGAUAUUCUGAGGAGCUUCAGUUUAAGCAGUCAAUAUUCCACAUCAUUCUUUUCAUAGCUCCGAGAUUGUGAUGUGUACUUUUUUGAUCAGGCAUUGCCUUUAGUUAUAGUUUCAUUUUUUUCUAUUGUAUUCAUUGUUGCAUAAAGCAAUCUCUUUCAAUUAUAGUUUUUCUAUUGUUUAAGGUAUUAUUAUUAAUAGUGGUAUAGGCAUAAGCAGUACUUUAUAAAAUCGAACAAAGUCAUCUCAGAAAUGGAAGAAAAAAUCGAUACAGAUUCUAAAGAACAUGCUUUUGAAAUUUUACAACAAUUAAAUGAAUAUCGUAAAACUGGACGUCAUUGUGAUUUCAUGAUUAAAGCUGGAUCUGAGGAACUUCCUGUUCAUAAGAAUAUUGUGUCGGCAAGUUCCGAUUAUUUUAAAGCAAUGUUAUCUCAUGAAAAUGUUGAAACAAAAUCUGGUGUCGUUGAAAUAAAGGAAUUUGAUGAAGUUUGUGUUAAAAAAUGUGUUGAUUUCAUUUACACUGGGGAUGCUUAUGUUGCCAGAGAUAAACGUGAAACACUCAUGGGUGUCGCUCACAUGAUGCAGCUGCAAAGACUUUGUGAUAGUAUCGCAAUUUUUCUGGAAGAUGAUCUUGAUUCUAGAUCGUUUUUUCAAACUAAAAAAAUUGCGAAUAGUUACAACUGUAAACAACUUGAAGAAAAAUGCAAUCAAUUUGCAUUGCAACAUUUUAAAGAAAUUGCCCAGUCUGAUGAGUUUAUGGAUCUUGAUGAAAAAUUUAUUUCUUUUCUGAUGGAAUCAAAGGAAACAAAAGCAAAAGAAGAAGUGAAAUGUAAGAUGUUGUUAGCAUGGACCAAACAUGAUAUUGAUGAAAGAAAAGAAUGUUUUCUUAGUUUGGCGAUGAAAUUUCAGUUGACAAAAAUGACUUUGUCAUAUAGAAGAUUUCUUGUAGAAAAUGAACCAUUGAUGUUUGAAUCCAUGCAAUCUCUUCGAUCACUGACUUUGUCGGUUUUUGAUAGUCAUGGGGAUGUCAGUUCAAAAGAUGUCAAUUUGACAAACAAUAAACAGCUUGUUGUUUUUGACCAAACUUCUCAAAGAAUGCAUUCCCAUGAUGUUGGUGAUAAAACAUGGAAACCGAUGCAAACCAUAGAUCAAGCAAUUAUACAGAAUACAUUAUGUUCUGCUGUAGUGAUGGAAUCUUACAUUUAUGUCAUUUGUACAAAUGGAUCGUUUUAUAGACUUGAAUAUGCUGAAUCAAAUGCAAAGUGGGAACAAAUGACAAAUCCAAAUCCUCAGAAUGCAUGUGUAGUUGCACUAGAGGGUUUUGUUUAUGGUAUUGAGUAUGGAAAGCACUCAAACAUUAUGGAAAGAUAUGAUCCAUCAAAUAAUAGAUGGACCAGACUAACAAACAAAUCAUUGGCUCUAGCUUAUUUAUCUUUGGUGGCUGCUGAUGGAAAGGUGUUUUGUAUUGCAGGAUAUAAUCAGCAAGGUCAAGCAACAAACCAAGUUGAGAUUUAUGAUCCUGUCACAUCAACUUGGUCAAUGGAUAAUAGAUCAUUGAAUGAAGCAAGAUAUUGUGCUUCUGCAACUGCUACAGAGGAAGGAAUAUAUGUUAUGGGAGGGUAUAAUGUUGAUGUAAGACCAACUCUCACUACUGCUGAAUUUCGUUCAUCUGUAACUAAAACCUGGAUGAUGUUGAAACCAAUGAAAAAUGCAAGAGCAGAGGAGUUCAGUAGUUGUGUGAUUGAUGAGAAAGUUUAUGUCAUUGGUGGAAAUGGAAAUCCUGCAAAUAUAGAGGAAUAUGACCCAGAAGCAAAAGAAUGGAAAAUCAUUGAAACAAUGCAAGGAAAAAAUAUAACUCCAUUGGCAACGGUUGCAGUAUCUAUAUAG